AUGGCGUCCUUGACACACGUCGAGCCGAGCAUGGUGGGAUGCAUCUCGAGUUGCCUCGCUACAAACCGUACUACUACUAGUUCAAAAGAUUAUCUCGCACUAGUCGAUUGUAAUAGUAAAAAAAACUACGAGUAUUGCAGUCAAAGAAGCUUCAAAAAUGAAACAAUCUGCAACAAUGGUACUGGAUGCUGCAUGGCUAACAUGCCCGGUAGUAUUCAACAGGUCUUUGGUGUCAGAAUCGCCACGACAGAAGGAGGGUGUAAAGUUGCUUUCUUAACAGAUGAGGCAUACUCUUUGUUAAAUGAAACUGAUCUAAAUGGAACUGAUCCGAACCAGUUUCAUGCGAAAGGAUAUGCUACGGUUGAGCUAGGAUGGUUCAUCCAUACGACGAAUCGGUUUUUUGUAAAGUCUUUGAGAUGCACAACUAUGAAAGAGUACCGAAGUCUAUAUGUGAAGUCAUAUGAAAAGGCUCACCGAAUAAAUUGUUCAUGCGAUUAUGAUUCUUAUUUUCCUAACCAUGCAAGUUGUAGAUGCAAUAUAAGGGUUACACAGGCAACUCGUACCUUCCAGGCGGAUGCAAAGGGGCAACACGAGUAUUCAACGAACUCAGUUCGCAUAAAAAACCAAAUAGCUUCAAAAGGGUGUUCGAGAGACGGAGAAGAUCCUGAAUCACUUUUGGAUUUGACGGGCACUCCUUUUUACGUUAGCCGCAACAAUAUAUUUAUAGCAUCAGGUUGCAACAACACGGCGUUAUUGACAAAUGUUGAGCCAAGCAUGGUGGGAUGCAAGUCUAGUUGCGGCGAAGAAGACCAUACAAAAGACUUUCUCAAGGAAGUCAUGUGUCAUGAAUCUGGCUUCAACGCUUGUAAUGAAAGAAGCUUUUAUACCAGACAAGACUGCAAUGGUACUGGGUGCUGCACGGCAAACAUGCCAGAAACGAUUCAACAGAUUGUUGGUGUCAAGAUAGAUGAUAGCAACACAACAAGGGGAGGUUGCAAAGUCGCCUUUUUAACCGACGAUGCAUACAUUUAUUCAUAUGCAUGGGAUCCGCAAGGGCUUCAUGCAAAAGGAUAUGCUACGGUUGAGCUAAGAUGGUUCAUCCGUACAACGAAUCUUUCAUUCAUAGGUUCUUUGGGUUGUCAAACUUCGGAAAAUAAUCAAACUUCGGAAAGAAGAAGUUGUUUCUGUGACUACAAUUCUAAUUCAAGCUAUGCAAGAUGCUCAUGCUAUCCGGGUUACAAAGGUAACCCAUACGUUCCAGGCGGAUGUGAAGAUAUUAAUGAAUGCCUAGAACAAGAGUACUACUCUUCCUUACCGUGUCCGGGAGGAAGCACGUGUGUGAAUUUGCAGGGAGGCCAUACUUGUGUGGAAACAAAUCCCACAACAAAUCCCACAAAUCGCACAAAUCCCGUAAUUGCAAUAGGGAUUGGUUCGAGUUUCGGCUCAUUGAUUUUUAUUACUGGAAUGUUUUGGUUAUACAAAUUUAUUAGAAAGCAAAUGAGGUUACGUCAAAAGAAGAAGUUCUUCAAACGUAACGGAGGUCUAUUAUUGCAGCAACAAUUGACUUCAACGGAAGGCAAUAUUGAGAAGACAAAAGUGUUCAGCUCAAGAGAGUUGGAGAAAGCUACCGAAAACUUUAGCAUAAAUAGAAUUCUUGGCCAAGGUGGUCAAGGUACGGUAUACAAAGGAAUGCUUGUCGAUGGUAGAAUUGUAGCAGUGAAGAAGUCCAAAGUCGUUGACGAAGACAAAUUGGAAGAGUUCAUCAAUGAAGUUGUCAUUCUUUCGCAAAUCAACCACAGGAACAUCGUGAAACUCUUGGGAUGUUGUCUGGAGACAGAUGUCCCUGUUCUUGUCUACGAGUUUAUUCCUAACGGUAACCUUUUCGAACUUCUUCAUGAUGAGUUUGAUGAUAACACGAUGGCUACUUGGGAAGUGCGCCUUCGCAUUGCUGUAGAUAUCGCAGGAGCUCUCUCAUACUUGCACUCCUCUGCAUCGUCUCCAAUCUAUCACAGAGAUGUCAAGUCUACAAACAUAAUGUUGGAUGAGAAGUACCGGGCCAAGGUAUCUGAUUUUGGAACUUCAAGAUCGGUAACGGUGGAUCAUACACACUUGACAACAGUAGUUUCAGGCACGGUGGGAUAUGUGGAUCCAGAGUACUUCCAGUCAAGCCAGUUCACAGCGAAGAGUGAUGUCUAUAGCUUCGGGGUUGUGCUAGCAGAGUUAAUCACUGGAGAAAAGUCUAUUUCUUUCUUGCGGUCUCAAGAAAACAGGACCUUGGCAACUUAUUUCAUUCUUGCUGUGAAAGAGAAUAGACUUUCCGACAUUAUCGAUGCGCGAAUAAGAGAUGGUUGCAAGCUGAAUCAAGUAACCGCAGUGGCGAAAAUUGCGAGAAAGUGUCUGAAUUUGAAAGGGAGGAAACGACCAAGUAUGAGAGAAGUGUCGAUGGAAUUGGAGAAGAUUCGUUCGUCUCUCGGAGAUAUCCAGCCACAUGAGUAUGUUAGCGAAAACGAGGACGACGAAAAAGACGAUGGAGUCGUGGAGAUUAAAAUUGGGGAAGAAUCAAGGAACUACAACUCGAUUGUUACCGCUCCAGCUUCUCAAUAUGUUGUUGCUGCAUCUUCUUUGUCAUGGUCAGAUGUUGAACCUUUGUUUCCUCUUCAAACACGCUAA